UAGCGCAUUUUCAAUUUCUGGCAACAAGUAGAAUAAAAAAAUUUCUUUUUAUAUUUGUUGUUCCCACCUUUGCCGAAUUUAACAACAUCAAUUUCUGUCGGUUGCACAGAGAAAGUAAAUAUAUACAAUGGGUGAUGUUGACAAAUGGAUUGAGAUAGUGAAGGAGUGCAAAUAUCUGCCGGAAAAUGAAUUGAAGAAACUCUGUGAUAUGGUCUGUGACAUACUGUUGGAGGAGACAAACAUACAGCCCGUGAGCACGCCCGUCACCGUCUGCGGCGACAUUCACGGCCAGUUCUAUGAUCUGGAGCAAUUGUUUCGCACGGGCGGCCAAGUGCCCGACACGAAUUACAUAUUCAUGGGCGAUUUUGUGGAUCGCGGCUAUUACAGCUUAGAGACAUUCACACGCCUGCUCACGCUAAAGGCGCGCUAUCCCAGUCGGAUCACAUUGCUGCGCGGCAAUCAUGAAACACGUCAGAUCACCAAGGUUUAUGGUUUCUUCGAUGAGUGCUUUAGCAAGUAUGGCAAUGCGAAUGGCUGGAAAUAUUGUUGCAAAGUCUUUGACUUGCUCACAAUAGCGGCGAUCAUCGAUGAGGAAGUGCUUUGCGUACACGGCGGCCUAAGUCCGGAGAUUAUAACGCUCGAUCAAAUACGCACAAUCGAACGCAACGGCGAAAUACCCUAUAAGGGUGCUUUCUGUGAUCUUGUGUGGUCCGAUCCCGAGGACAUGGAAUACUGGGGCCAAAGUCCGCGUGGCGCCGGCUGGUUAUUUGGUCACAAUGUGACCAAGGAUUUCAUGAGCAUCAACAACUUGGAUCUGAUAUGUCGAGCACAUCAGCUGGUCAACGAGGGCAUCAAAUACAUGUUCGAAGGCAAACUGGUCACAGUUUGGUCCGCGCCCAACUAUUGCUAUCGCUGCGGCAAUGUCGCUGCCAUCCUGAGCUUUGAUACGGCGCAGGAGCGUCAGACACAGAUAUUCCUGGCUGUGCCCGAUUCGGAGCGUGUCAUCCCCAAACAGAAUACGACGCCUUAUUUCUUGUAAAAACCAAAACAAAACACAAAACGAAAAGCAUGCAAAUCGACAAAGCACUUCAACAGUCAAUCAACCAAAUCCUAUUGCCGUUCCAGCUGCAAAUCGCAGAGCAGUACACACACACAGAGACAGAUACACACACACACACACACUCACGUAUUCUCAAUUAUGCUCAACAACAAAAUAGCAACCAAUCCUUGUAUUUAGUUUACGACUUUUCUUUAAUCAGAAGGUCGCUGGCUCUUUUUCUCUUCAGCAUUUCUUUCCUUCUAUCUUAUUUUUUUUUUUGUAUUAUUAUUUAAAUUCAUAAUCGUUUAAUUUUCUACAAAAGUUAUUCAAAUUUAAUGUGUGGCACUUAAGCUAAACAAACAAAAAACUGAUUAAAACCGAAAGACAUUAUAGAACAUGCUGUUUUCUUUUCGACGUUUCAAAAUAAUAAAAAAACACAAAAUAAAUAAAAAAAAAUUGCCUGCCUUAAAAUAAAAACUACUAUUAAACUGCAUUUGAUAAAAUUGCUGAUAUUAUGUUAUAAAAAAAAGAAAAACAACAGUCAUUAUAUGUACAUAUAAUUUAUAUCGAAGCAGCUCGUUUUAAACCAGUUGUAUUUAAAUGACUAGAAUACGCUUUUGUACUUUCAAAUGAGUGAACAACAAAAAUUAUAUUCAAAGAAAAUGUUUAAAUAAAAUAAACUUACCUUUCACGCCUGUCAACAAAUAUAUUUUUUUAUUAAAAAUUUCGAAAUUUUGAAGCAUUCUAAAAAGUAAUUCCAUUAAAAGCUUCUUCCAACAAUUUGUUGCACCAAAUAUAUAUCUGGAACAUAUUUUUUUUUAACUUAAACUCCAAAAUAAAGACUUUAAAGCAUAAAUCAAUUAAAUCUCGAUUUUCAAUUUCAUUUGUUUUACAUUCAAAGCAAACUAUUUCAAUUAAAAGCAAAUAAUUGCAAAAUGCUUAUAGAUCCAAAUGCUUGCCGUCUCGCUCGCACCGCAUAGGGCUGUCUCUUUCACAUACGUAGACAACAAUUAAAAAAUCAAAAUACGCAUUCAUUGUUUUACAUUAAUUUAUUUAACAAGUUCUCGUAGUUUGUUGAUUUUGUUUUCUAUUUUUUGUUUUCUUUUUGAGUUGUUCAGUUGUUCAACAAUCAAAAAAAAUAGUGAGCGAAAUAACAAUCGACUAAAUUUCAUAUAUUCUCUAGCAAAUGUAUAAUUAUUACAAUUUUCUUGAUCAGUCGCAACAACGCGAAUUAC